GCACGGCCAGACUGGCACUGACCAGUAUAACCAGUGGCAGGCAACAUUUUCUCAACAUACGCUUCGGCAACAUUUCUCUGCCUCGCCUCCUCUGUAUCCGGCUUCACGAAUGGUAGAUUAAAGCUGUUAAUCAUUAACCAGAUGUAAGCAAACUGUGUGCUCACAAAGGGCUGAUGUCAUGCAUGUACCAAAGUUGCUGCUCUAAGAUAAAUAUGUACUGAAGUAUUGGUGCAAAUAUACACAUACAGCACUUACAUGGAGAGGCUAAGAGCUAGCAUUUCCAAAAUCUCACUGCUGAAAACUUGUUGGCUGGUGUAUAUUUACCCAAACAAACAACAUGUAAAUAAGUAAUGGCAAGCAGUAAACUUCUGUGAUUUGUUAAUUUGCUCUCUUACAGUGGAUGGGACAGCAUGCUCUGUACUAUUUACAGAGGUAUCAAUCUAGUUUUUACCUGGCUUUGUAAUUGCGCCUGAGUAACCAGGUCAUGUCUUGGACCAUACAGUGAUAUCACAUACAAUUACAUAUCACAGGCACGUACAUGUGGCCACUCCAGUAUUUUUCAUCUUUUUGCAGAUUCAUGUUGUCUUUUUUAGGCAAGAAGGAAUGAAAAUGUCGUCCUUAUGUCGUCAGAAGACAUUUUUGUUUGCUAUGUACGGAUGGCUUGUCUGCCAGGCAACUGAGGCAGGCUCCUUUCAACAAAAAUGACAGCCGGUUGAUUCUUUGGCUAGCAGUCUCUGGCUUUCUGACAAGUGGGGUCUAUUCAGUAGUCAGAGGAGAGGGGGCAGUUAUAAUUUCAAUUCAUGACAAAUUAAAGAUCUUUGUCAGACAAGUUCUUAUCCAUGUCCAAGGCUGUAAACGUGAAUUCAAAGAGAUGGCAAUGUCAGGGACCAUCAUUUUUACCUUAUAUUUCCCCAGCAAACUGUUGCCCUGGCAACUGACAGUGAACUUGACAGGGACAAGUGGGUGGAGUAUUUUACAGAGCUCAGGCAGAGUGACGUGGAAGAACGCCCAGCUGGGGGAGGCCAUGAUCCAGACUCUGGAGCAGCAGGGUCUGCAGAUGGCUAAGGAGAAACAGGAGUACAUCAACCAGAUCCACACUCAGGUCCAUGAACUAUGCAGUGAACGGGAAGAGAAGGAGGAGUUAGAGAGAAUAACCAAGGAGCUGGAGGAAGAGAAGAAGAAGGUGGAGAAGGUCGCAGAACAGCUCAGCAUGGAGCAGGAAAAUGUCAGGACAGAGCUGGACCAGACUGUGGAGGCUCUGAAGGCAAUAGAAGAGGAGAAACAGUCUCUCCACACAACAGCUUCUGACCUCCAACACAGUCUACAGCUCCUGGCAGACGAGAAGGAGAAGAUCCUGGCUGAGGUGGAGGAGAAGGAGAAGCUCACCCAGAAGUUAGCCGAUGAAAACACUUCCUUAGCCAAGACAACCAACUCCUUCAAGGGCACUCUCAAGGACAUUGAGGACAAGAUGAGGAGUAUUGAGCAGGAGAAGGAAGAAGCUGCGCAAAGGUUGUUGGAGAAGGAGGAGUUGGCACGGCAGCUGGAGAGGGAGAAGGACUCGUACUCCGCACAGGCCCAGGAACUACAGUCUUCACUGGACGACUUGAGUGCCCAAAAAGAGAUGACAGAGUCAGAACUUAGGGAGGAGGUUGUGGCUCGGCUGAACACAGAGAAGCGGCUGCGGCAGGCGGAGGACGCCCUGGAGCGACUAGACUUGGCGCUGAGGGACCUCAUCAGUGAACAGAAGGCCAGCAAUGGCAACCGCAGCAGCCAGAUGGUUGCUGACGUCGGCAGUCUCAAGACGACCUUUCGGACCCUGGAGGCCCAGCAGGCUCUGGACCGUCUGGAGGUCACGGUGGCAGAGUGUGCCCUACAGUGCAAUGACCUCAUGAACCUGGAAUGUCAAUGUCAAAUCAUAGCCGACAUUGCAACAAUUCGACAAUUUUUUGAGGAAUGUGCCCAGGAGGCAAAGGUUGAUGCAGACAAGCCGGUCAUCAUGAAGAACGCUUUACACGCUCGCAAGAACUAUGUCCGCAAGGCCGCCACCAUUCGCUUCAAGAGGACCAAGUCCACCAGCAGUGCCAGUGCCCCCUCCUCUCGUCAAAAGGGACUGUUCAGUCCCUGCUCCGCAAGGCGGACAGCCCGUAUGGUGAACUCAGACCCCCAGCUGAGGCACAGCAUGAUUGGCACCUUGGCAGAAGUGGAGAGGGACCUGCAGGUCAUGUAUAAGGACCAAGUUUAACAAUGCCUUCUAGCAGUAGAGUAGGGUACUGCAAGUACUGUAGAACAGCAUGGAAAAUUCUCAUAUCUUCAAUUUCUGUACAGAACAAAGUAGUUAAUAGGUAUUUAGUUAAAUUAAAAGUAAGACAAAACAAUUAUAAUCAAGGAAUUUCAGAAGAGAGCUUUUAUGUUUGAAAGGUAAAAGCCACAAAUAUGUUGGGUAUCUUUAUGUGAAUCUGAGAAAAAAACAUCUGUGAGAAGGCACAAAGUGUUUUAGUGUCAAUUUAUGUUUUUUUUUGUGUUUUAUAUCUUUUUGACAUGUAUGUACACCUGGUGUUUUGUUUCUUAAUACGGGAAGGUGCAAAAUGCUAAACUAGGAAAACUUGCUGGUUUGUUUAAUAGAAAGCAAUCUGAUACAUGUUUAAACUAUCAUAGUGUGAGGGGAGACUGUGUAAGUAAAUGUUUUAGGAAAAUUUUCAGUAAUGAAUCUUUUCAGUAAAGAAGUAUUAAGCUAUAUAUUCAUUAAGCUUUGUACAGCUGUGCCUGAAAAUGCACUAGCAGGCAAGGCCAGUAUGUUUCAUCACACCAAAUGUUGAUUGAACCUCCUUGUCGUAUGAAGUAUCUACUUCCCGACAGGCACAUUUUUACUUGGAUUUCUUGUGCCUUGGAAGGCAUUACAAACGCUGGGACUCAUAGUGGUCUGUUGUUGUUCAAACUUUAUUCUCUCACAGCAAAGAAAAUGUAACCAAAUUCAUGGCUAGCCUGUGUUUACACAAUCUCCCACUGGAUGGGGUUAAUAAACCCUCUCUGUUGGGCGGGCCGGUUGCUAGGAGUGCAAUCUAGGCUUAUUCAUGACCAUCUUUACUACAGCCUUCAUCAUGUUUGAAUGACUAAUCAUUUAGGCUAAGUGACCUUACAAAUAUCAGCAAAAAUGUGUAUUCUGCUUUAACUGCCCUGAUGUAGAUGGCAUUGACAGCCCUUUCUGUCCUAUUGUCUGUUGCACUGUCAAUCCUACUUAUUCCUAAUCUAAACAGGACAGCAAAAAGCCCCAGACCUUCCAAUGUCAGUGUCAACUAGAACUAGGAUUUUGUAUCAAGAUGUGCCAAGUCAGUCUCCCAAGCAUUGCUGUGGGAUCUUUCUGUGCAAACAUAACUCUCUACUACAGUGUACAGUACACCAGUAACAAAGCACCAGUGUACACAGGCUCUCCCAGUGUUAAAUGUUCAAACAGCCCAAAACACUGUAACAUAUACAUGUAGGAAUUUUAAGGCCACACCAAUUCAUUGGCCACACAAUUUUGUCAACAAAAGACAGUUCUGAAAGCCAACAAUUGAACUGGUGUGGCUUAAGCAUGAAAGUUCUGAAACUGAUGACAUAAACAUUAGAGCCUUAUUCCCCCAUCCGCCAAAAAGGAACCAUGUAAGCUCCUUUAUGUAUAUACUCGUAUCAAGGCCAAGUUGUUUCAGUGGCAAUUUCUAUUGAUGUGUACAUUUCUUACAACAGAAAUUUCAAGGUGAUGAUUGUAUUUUAACGUGGGUGUACUCUAUCAACAUCUGAUUAAUGUGUACAGAUUUCUUGUGCAUUUUAACCAGAAACCGAUCAGACAAUUUUAUACAUUUUAGCUAGUGGCAAAUUACUGUCUGUAAGUCCUGUU